AUGGCUGACUCUCCAAGGCCUCGCUCCAGACGCCCAUCCCUCACCUCAUCCUCUGCACAUCUGCGAUAUCCAACUUUUCCUCCUCUAAGUGGCUCAGUUGAAGAGUGGCUGUCCCGCUCGAGGCCUAUCAGUAUGACGUCAAGUCAUCUGGCGGACUACACGCCCAGGCCACUGAGCGAAAGCUGGGCAACACUGAGCGCUUCCGACGUUCAUUCUGAGGAUGGUAGCCGCUCUGAACAAACCGACGUUGGGUCUUUAAUUGACCAAGCCGGUCCGGAUGACGUUGCAAGUAUCGACGAGCAGUAUAGCGGCAGCGAGGUUGAUGGGAACGAAGAUGACGAUUAUGACUCGAAAAGCAACGUGUUUGGAUCUCAGGAACUGCCUGCUCUUUUCCCCCAGAUCAGAGGCUCUAUCGAUGACAGUAACAUAACCACGAAAACUGCUUUUCGUCAAUCAACCGAGUCGAUAGAGUUUGCCGAGCCUGAGAAAUGGCCUGAAGUUGAACAAGUGGAACUGAAACACACUAUCCGUAUGUUUGAAGGUAUUGAGGCCGACGAGCUGAAGAGUCAAUUCUCUAUCAACCUGCGGGACUCUAUCCUUACAGCCACCGUUCAGCAAACCAUGACGAAGAAAAGCCUUGACACUGAUAAGCCGUUCCGUGUACUCUACAUUGGAGAUCCUGAGUUUCGGAACAUCAUCCUCGACAAAAUUGGUGAUGUCCUUGUGUCGAGCACCUGUAGUGACUUUGAAAGCAGUUCCACAGAAUCCUCUAGAUAUCACGUUGUACCAACAUCGUUCGGGACAGGUGCAGUCCCUAAUUUCGCUGAGCUCCUUCCAAUCCAUGUCCAACUUAUUGUUGACGAGUGCCCUGGAGCUUCGGUUGGCUUUCGGAACGAUAAGCCCGACACCAUUAGGUUGGAUUUCAAAAAUCGGCCUUCAUGCAUGUCUUUCUGGACAGGGGGCGAGUAUUGCGUCUCAUCCCCAACUGAAUGGACGCUUCCUGAUGUAGCAAUUCUUUUCAUAUCCAGCAGAGACUCUGCAACUGUGAUGGAGACCCAAAAACUGGCUCGCAUUUUCAUGGAAAGGCAUGGCAUUCCGGCUAUGGUUAUAUCCGAGAAACCGCUUUGGGAUCUGGCCGAAGUAAUUCCUCUGAACCACCAUAGCCUCCACAUGUGCCUGGAGUCGCGUCAUUCGCUGACUGGGAAAGUCACGGUCCUAAGAAGGUAUCCUAUUGAUCUAGCGACUUUUGAGAGUAUCACGCCCGGGCAACUCAAUAGGAAUCUUGCCUCCUUAGUGAGCAUCUCUACUAAGAAGUCUGACAACAUCACCCUGGAGACUACCGGCAACUUCCAGAGGAAGUCACUCUUCGCUGUUGAGAAGUGGACAACGAAAAUGCCCUUCAUCCCUUACCUGAAUGACGACCGUGGGUUGACGCCUAUGCUGCGUUUAAUCACCCUCACCGUUCUCUUAAGCGUAGCUACCAUCUUAGCGCACUCAGCUUUGCGUGCUACUUCAAUUCUAUUCUCCCAGAAAUUUCCUCGAUCGGUUAUUUCCAAUAUUGUAUCCAAUGCCCCGAGCAGUACUUCUACCAGUAUUAUCACAGCAAAUGAUUUAAAACAAACUUCACUUUCUACGCUGUCUUCAUCAGUGACCGAUGUUCAAAAUUUUGGGAACCAGCUCCAGGGUCAUUCUCAGCUGGACAACCUGAUGAGCGGACUACUGUCCCCUCCUAAGAAGCAGGAAUUUAGUGGCUUUGAGAUUCAGGCUGUUGGUGAUUGCCAUCUUGUCAUAAAGCCACCCAAUAGAACUUUGACUGGGAAAAAACAGCCAAAAUUCGAGGUUCAAGUGAGCCGAGGAGUCAAACCGCUCGAGUAUGAGCUCUCUCGCUUGUUUGAUGGGGUAUACACACUCAAACUUGAUCGAGGGGAUGCGUAUGGGAUAGUGAACGUCACAGUCACUAUGGCUUCAAGACCUCCUCUCCACCAAACCACAUCGGUGGACUUUGGAACCCCGUGGCUGAAGAUCGCAAAUUGGAGGCGGGCAGCGCAGGUGAUCUCAUCCCAAUUCAUGGGGGAUUUCAAUACUGCGCAGGUUGGAUUAUCAGAAGUAUACAGUCGAAUUUGCACCGAUUUGCAAGUCCUCAUGGGGGAUGUUGUAAAGAAAGCCCAUCUCUUGCGCGGAGAAGCAAACGUUCUCCGUCACGGCACUGGGCAACUUUCUGAGACAAAAGACGUGGUUAUCACGAGAUCCAAGCAGCUUUCUGAAGUCGUCAGAUGUACUGCUGUCCAGCCAUUCCUCGCUGUCUCAUCAGUCCUGCAGGAAAAGACCAACAAAGUAAACCAAGAAACGCGAGAGAUUAUUGGUGGUACAUGGCAUCGAAUUAGCAAUCAGGCACAUGGUUUUGAACUCAAAUCUGUGAAGGACCAUAUUCGAAAUGCGAGGAAGAGCUAUACGUUAGACAAAGCUCAGAGAAGAGCUAAGCGCUUGAUGACGCGAAAGUGCCGACACUCUGAAUGUUUGUGA